GUGUUUUUCUACAGCUGUUUACCUUGUUACAACGCUGUAGUUCAUUGGCGUACUAGUACCAACGUUUACUGGUGUUGUUAUUUUAAAUUAUGACUGAAACUGGACAGAAGGCAAAAAUUAUUUUACAACAAUGCUUGUCUGCGCGAUUACAAGUGAAGCCACCCGAGGGUGACACUCCUGGCGAAUUUGUAGAGAUCGCCAGAGGUUUAGUUGUAUACGUAUGUUUUAUGAAGAGCGCCACCAAGGAUAUUAUACAGAAAAUGGUCAAAUCAAUCAUGAAUGUGAAGCUAAGUACAGAUGAAGAUGGUGCAACACUGUCAAUUCUAGAUCUACCCGGAAGUGUUCUUAUUGUUCCACAAGCGACUUUGGGUGGCAAGAUGAAAGGAAAAGUUAUGCAAUAUCACUCAAAUAUAGGAAAGACUGAGGGGUUGGAGUUUUAUACAGAGUUUGUGACAGAGAUUGAACAUACUUUACAUCAAAGUAAAAAAAGCAAAGAAGCAAACUGCGUUGUGAAGUGGGGUACUUAUGGCAACAGACAAGUGCUUAGUAUUGUUACUAAUGGACCAUUUACGCAUGUAUUGGACUUCUAGUUUUAUUAUAAAUAAGUACAUUGUAGAAUAGUUUGUUGUUUAAAUCUAGUUCAACACUGUGAAUCUAUAGUAUAACUUGCAUAGAGAAUCUAAGGUUCAGUUGCGCUCUGGUCCAUGUCGCACAGUGAAGCUACAC